CUGUUUCAAAAACUAAAAUACGUUAUGAGUAGAGUGGACUAAGUUUUGUAGACUUUACCCUUUGUCAAAGUUUGAAAAAAUUUCGUUGUUCAGAAGGAAUGCAAGGGCGAAUUAAGAAAUGAAAAAUGGCACACGCGCACCUCACAGAGUAUGCGUUCCCUAACGGAAAUAUGCCAAUACAUGCUAGAACGCCCCAAUAGCUCGUGCUUGGCUCUGCCCACCUUUUUGCUCGUUCUGCCCGCUACUCUUUGGCACAAUCAGACACAGUGUUAUAGUAUUACAAUCCUUUAGGUGGUGACAAAGACCUCCAGCAAGGAUUAAUAUUCGUCUUGCGAAGACGAAGAAGCUUUCCUCAAUACCGAGUUCUGAUUGGUUGUUUAAACGAUCGUUCUACACACUCACAAGAUGGCAGCGUCCUUCGGAAAGUUGUGCUGUAAUCAGCUGCCACUAACAGCGAGGAAAAUUAGCAGGACAAUGACUCAACAUUCCUCCAGACUGUGUAAGGGUUAUUUGACCAAGGAGAGUGAUGGAGUGCUGCAUCAGAUGACCUGGCCUCCACAAUCAUCUGACCUCAACCCAAUUGAGAUGGUUUGGGUUGUGUUGGACUGCAGAAUGAACAAAAAGCUGCCAACACGUGCUCAGCAUGUGGGAACUCCUUCAAGACUGUUGGAAAAGCAUUCCCCGUGAAGCUGGUUGAGGGAAUGCCAAGAAUGCAAAGCUGUCAAGGCAAAGUUGGCUGGCUCCGCUUCAGAGCACAAGGAGCUGGACAGUUUCAUCCAGGGCCAUGGUGUUCAUUAUCCAGUGGGCGACAGCGGUUCAAUGCAGCCUCUCUCGGCCUUCAGGCUCGCAUCAGGCCCUUUCCUCUCCUCAUCGCCACAGGUGGAGGCUACAUGGGAUACGACCAGUACGGCUACUAAAAGGACCGGGAGCUAACAAAGAUUGGUAUCGAGGUGCCUCCACGCAUCGCCAAUGAAACCCAGCUGCCCCUCCCCCAGGCAGACCAGUCCUCCUCCAGUCUCUCACUGUCACCAGUCUGCUGCAGCUCCUCUCAGAUCAGCUGUGAAACAGUCACCCCACCUUCUGGCACCCAGGCUCUGCCCUCUGGUACAAAAUAACUUUGAGGCCCCUGGAACCCUGAGAGAGCGAGAGAGAAAUGACAGAGAGCGAAGAGAGGGAGCGAACGGAUUACCCCCCUUCACCACGUCACAUCCGUCCUACCAGAGAAGGGGGCCGGGCUUGAGAAUAGCAGAGCGAGAGAACAAGAUCCAGCGAGAGAACAGACGUGUCCACACUGAGCGAGAGAGAAGCAGCCCCAGUGAGAGAAGUGUCUGUAAUCCCCCCCACACCUUCAGUGAUAAUGUGUCAGAGCAGGAACCUGCAGCGGGCAGCAGCGCGGAGCUCAGGGAAAUGGUGAGAUGCUGCAAGUCUUUGCACAGCCCUCCGUCUUGCUACAAUCUCCACAGAGUUAGGGUUGAUGUGCGCCGGCUCCGGCCGAUCAGCUCCUCUGGGGAGCAGGGGGGAGUCAGCGGCGGCAACAGCUCAGGCCAGGGCACCCAGGGGGCCCAAGCACUCAGCCACAGGAACCGAUUCAGGUUGCAGUUCCCUCAGUUGGCCUUGCGGCGUCGUCUUGGCCAGUUGAGCUGCAUGUCCCGGCCCGCCUUGCGGCUGCGCUCAUGGCCGCUCAGCUUCCUCUACUACUUCCUGACCUUCGGUGCACUCAAGCCCCUGGCAAAGGUUUGCUGGAGACCAACAAGCAGGGUUGCUCUGUACAAGACCAUCCCGACACGGCUGCUGUCUCGGGCCUGGGGUCGGCUGAACCAGGUGGAGCUGCCGACCUGGCUGAGGAAGCCAGUCUACAGUCUGUAUAUCUGGACGUUUGGUGUCAACAUGCAGGAGGCUGCUGUGGAAGACCUAAUUCAGUACAGGAACCUGGGAGAGUUCUUUAGACGGAAACUCAAACCGGCUAUCCGGCCCGUGUGCGACUCACACUGUGUGAUCAGCCCAGCAGAUGGGAAGAUCCUGCACUUUGGGCGGGUGCGGAACUGUGAGGUGGAGCAAGUCAAAGGAGUCACAUACUCUCUGGAGACCUUCCUGGGACCACACACCUGGGCUGAGGCCAUCAACAGUACCAUCAAACCAUCAAAUGAAGAGGACCCCAGCUCGUUUCAGGACCUGCUGGUGACUAAAGAGGGGAAUGAGCUGUUCCACUGUGUGGUGUACCUGGCUCCAGGAGAUUACCACUGCUUCCACUCCCCCACAGACUGGAGGGUGGCCCACAGAAGACACUUUCCUGGCUCUCUGAUGUCAGUGAACCCUGGCGUGGCCCGCUGGAUCAAAGAACUGUUCUGCCAUAACGAGAGGGUGGUGUUGAGCGGAGAGUGGACGCACGGCUUCUUCUCUCUCACCGCUGUAGGAGCCACCAACGUGGGCUCCAUACGUAUCUACUUUGACAAGGAGCUGCGCACUAACAGCCCACGCUACAGCAAAGGCUCGUACAACGACUUCAGCUACUUGUCCAACAACAACCAGGAGGGAGUGAGCAUGAGGAAAGGGGAGCACCUGGGAGAGUUCAACCUGGGCUCCACUAUAGUCCUUCUCUUCGAGGCUCCGCACGACUUCAGCUUCAACCUGAAGGCCGGCCAGAAGAUCCGCUACGGAGAACCCCUGGGGACUGUGAGCCGAGAUGGACAACCAGAGAGACACUCUCUGGGGGAAAACGGACUAAAAUAAACUGAUGGGGACACUAACAUGUGUGUACAGAUUUGAGCGGAGGUGCAAAGGCUGACUUAGACACACACUCAUUCACACACUGAUGGACUUACAGAAAAAACUCAGUCACCACUGUUGCAUUACUACCAAAGGGUCUCCCCGUUUUCAUCGACUAGAGUUUCUAUUAACAAUUUACUUAUUUUGUCAGUUGGACAGUUGAUUACAACUAGUGUACAUACCUGACCAGCAAAAGCAAGAUAGUUUAUUGCAAUUAGUUGCAUUUACUUUCCAUAAGAAUAACGACAUAGCUUUAAAAAUAAUAUUUUUUUUUUACUAAAUUGUACCCAUAUUGCCUUUUGUCAGGGGUAUCCUCUUCAACUAGGAGUUCCUCCUGAGAUUUCAGACACAAGCAGCAAGACACCAGCCUGAUUACAGAUCUGGCUAGUGCUGUGUAGCCCAGCUCAGAUCUGGGACCAGGCUAGCAAGACACAUCUCCACACAUACAGAUAACCCCUGUCACACACAGCCUCUAUCAUGUGGACAGGCUUCCCUAUACAAUGUACAGUAUACACACACCUACAGUACACAUACCACAAAGAAGGAAUGUACCAGAGGCCACACGUCUACCCUCUUCCUUCUCUAAUUUCCCUUCAUUCUGAUACUGAAUGCCUUCCUGUUCUCCUUUGGUCUCUCCCUCUUCUGCCAUCCCCAGAAAAGGGGCUUGUGUUGGGGGUGAUUAUGUGGACUCUUCCCUCCCUGUCAUGGAGGUACAGACUGACACCACUCCUCCCAGUCAGACAAGUCUGGGUCUUAUUCAUUAGGCACCUGCCAGAAGAAAACAGGCUGAAUAGUUUGACUUUCCGUUGUAAAAUGUUUUGCCUCAGUCUGCCCUAAUAAAUACAACCCUGUUGUAGAAAGCCCAUGAUGUACGAUCUCUGCCAUCCCAGCUAUGCGUUAUUACUCACCAUUAGUGGUAGCUAGUAGCGUUGCCUGCCUGAUGCCAAUUAUCGCUGUUGUUUUACUGUAAGUGAUGCCUAACAGGCAGUGCUUGACUUGGGACUGAGCUACCCGGAGGCCUUACCGACACUUCAAAUGUUUGAUGAAUUGCGUACCGGCUCCUAUAUAAAACAAAGUAGCCUGUCACCGGUCUAGAUUCAUACACAGAGACAAAGUUUGAUCAAAGUGGAAUGAAGGCAGGAUCUGCAUUGACUAGCAAUGGCCAAUGGGUAUUCAUUUUCUGACUCCGCUUUGUUCCCGUUUAUUUGCCAGUAGGAUGUCAGUUCAAGAUUGUGCCUAUUGAAAAUGAGCCAGCCUGAAUGCGCAUGAAGGGCUUUUGCCAAAAGAGGGUUUAUCAGGUCAUGAAAAGGCAUUUCAUGAUUUUUGCUAAUGUAAUUCAUGAAGCCACACUUAAAAAUGGACAUAUCAGCCAUUAUCGGAAUGACCCUUCAGUGUGUGUGCUAAUUUCUGCUGCAGGUAACGUAAAAAAAUUAUAACAAUUGACAAAUAACUUGCUGUGCAUAGAUCUCCCCUGAAGCAUGAAUAUUUGUGCCUUAUACAUAAACAUGUAUAGUAGCCUACCUUAUCCAUUUGAUCUCUGAUUCAUUUAAUAAGGGAAUCAUUUGAUUAAAAACAAAGAUAUUUGGUUGUAGUGUUGCAAUAUUUUAUAUGAAGUGUGGCAACCAUCCUCCAGGAUAGCUACUAGGUGUGCAGGCUUUUCUUCAAGUCCUGGUCUAACCACAUUGUAGCAUAAACAUCAGCUGCUCAACAGAACCUUGAUAAGAAGUGUUUCAGGCCUGGAGCAAAAGCGAAGCCUGCACACCCAAGAGCUCUCCAGAUGGAGGGUUGACCACAUGUUGACAAGUUUGUGGGGGGUUAAGUGUCUUGAUUAAGGGCACAAUGGCAGGAGAUUGAAGGCCUACAUGGGAUCAGACACAGCAGUCUUCCAGUGUCAAUAAUGCUUUCUAUUUCAUGCAGGCUAUAAUAAUAGUCAUGAACAUUUGGUUAAACGUCCGAAGUAAUGGAAAAUGUCUAUGAACUCUUAAAAUAAUCUCUGUAGCAUACCAGUUGUGAAUUUCGGUGAACAUGAUCUAAUGGAUAGGCUGGGGCGGCAGGGUAGCCUAGUGGUUAGAGCAUUGGACUAGUAACCGAAAGGUUGCAAGUUCAAAUCCCCAAGCUGACAAGGUACAAAAUCUGUCGUUCUGCCCCUGAACAGGCAGUUAACCCACUGUUCCUCGGCCGUCAUUGAAAAUAAGAAUUUGUUCUUAACUGACUUGCCUAGUAAAAUAAAGGUAAACAACAACUUGGAACAAGACAGCUCCUGCACUACUUUCAUUCCAAGUCAAGCACUGCUAACAGGUGUCUACAUGGAGGGGGUUCAAACCAGGUGGAUCUCUUCUAAUGGAGUUCUAUUGUAGCGUUACAGUUUAGCAUGGCAGCAUAAUGGCACUUUCAUUCCUAAAUGGCUGCUAAAAGAUAUGUCACAUUGUUUAACAUAUGAUGAGUUGUGUUAAUCUAACCCAAUCCAUUAAUGGACUAAAUCCUGACGUAUUCCUCUGAAUGGAGCCAUACCUUUUUAUGCUAAUAUACAGUGCAGCCCUCUGACCGUCAUUCCAAAAACAAACCUAUGACAAUGUGCAGCACUGGUGGUAGGAUCAUGGGAGAGAAUGUGCAAACUGGUACUGGCAACUGAUACUUUUGUCUUCUACUGUUCGCUUGAUUUGGAAUAAGUUGUUACUGGAAGUUAUCUGCCUAUGACAGUUAACAAAAGUUUAUUUAAGAUUGUAAAGCUUAAGUUAUGCUGAUAUCAAUACUAACUAUGUAUCAUGCACUUAAUGUAUAAUGAUUGUGAUACCCAGGGCUGAGCUGGUUUAAAGCAAAUGUUUUAUGUAGUUCUGUUCGUUUUAUAGUAGUGCCAAACAUUUAUUUUGGGGGUUUUAGCUUUUCAGUGUAUUUUUUUAUGUUUUGCUUUGAACAAAUGUGGACAUUUGUGCUUUUUGUGUUGCUGCUGCUGGAUUAAUUCUCUGCAUGAGGGGGUAGAGACCUCACCUGACUCUGACCCGUGGGUAAAGGACCUUUUAACUUUAGCCUCAGAGGAGUGGGGGUCACAGAUGUGACAGACCGGGGCGAUGCCGGUGACACAAACUCCCCUUGGCUACAUCGUUGUUCCACAAAAAGUGUUGCAUACAGAAACCAAACACCAGGGUCUGGCCUGGCUACUGCCUGUUGCACACUUGUUUUUAUAUGUACAUUGUAAUAUACUUGAAUCAUUCAACACUGCAUAGAUUUUAACCUGAAUUGUUUGAAAAGCAAGAAAACAUGUCUAAUAAAUUGUGUAUUCUUAAAAA